AUGGACUACGAAAUGAACAAGGAUCUGAUCUUCCAGAAGAUUUUCUUAUUCCCUCAACCAUUGGAAAGUUGCUCCCAGAACUACAAUAUGAGAUCAGGAGACUGCAAAUACAGCCGAAAACCAUCCAAAGUUCUGGAGUCCUUGGAAUGUAACCAGGCGGAGGAUACCCCCUGCGACCGUUGCCGUUAUCCCAAGAACCGGACUUGCGCGAUGGUGAUCCCUGAUCUCGUUCCUCUCGCUACUGAAGCUUUGCAGGCACACCAAGCCUACUUAAUGGCAUGCAACGACGAGGAUACACCAGAUAUCAUUCAUGCAGCAAAUGGUAAGCUUCGGACCACGCAGCAGGCGUUUAAGAAUAAGCGCGGCGGUUGGGCCCGUAAGUUUGCAGCGAGCAAGGCCGCCUCUGCUGAAACAACUCCUCUUUCUAAACGACGGAAUCAGCGGAUAAUCAAAUGGUCUCUUAUUCUCUCAACCUUCUUCGCAUGA